AUGAUUGAUAGAAAACAUGAGAAAAAGAAGAGUGAUAGUAGUAAUACAUUAAGAAUAAAAAAGAGAGAAAGUGAAGAAGUGGAACCUAAUAAUCUAUUUUAGAAUUCUGAUCGGUUUAAUUCUAAUCAUUCAUAAUUCAAGCACUCACUUAAUAUAUCUGAUAAAAGUAGUUUUCUUGGUCUUUAGAAUCCUUUAUUAUCAUAGGCUAGUAUUUCUGAUCGAGAAAAUAGAAGUAAAAGAUAUUCUCAAGAUGAAUUUGAAAACAAACUUGAAUUUGAAUAACCAAUUCCUUUAAUUCAAUUAAUUGAACAUGAGAUUAGAAUACGAUGUAGAACAGAUCUACUCAAAUAAAAAAAAUGUUAUGGUGAUCAAAGUGAUUAGAUUAUCGUUGAAUAAAAACCAAUUAUAGAUAUUGACAUAGAUUAAGAUAUUCUACGUAAAUAUAACAAACAUUACAUUCGAAAUUACAAUAUAGAUCCAUAUUAUAUUAAAUUAGUUGAAUUACAUGGAUAUUAAAGAAUCAAACAUGAACUUCAAGUAGUCUUAUUUAUAUAUUUAGAAUUAUAACGAUCCAUAUGUAUUGCUUAAUGUUCGUAAGAUCAUUGUUUAUAUCUCUUUUAUCAUUCCUAUAAUAGCAAAGACUAUUAUAAAUUCAAUAGCAUUUUAAUUAAUAAUGACAGUAUUAAUUCUCUUCAAUAUUACUCUUUAUGCAAUUGUGAAAACUUAACAUCGUUAGGAUACUGAUCAAAUCCAAUAGAUUAUCACAAUACUAUUUUUUACUGAAAUUGGAUUACGUAUAAUAUCAUAAGGACUUUUCUUUUCAAAACAUGCUUAUUUUGUUAAUUUUUCAAAUAUAUUUGAUUUUUCAAUUGUGAUGUUAUCAGCAAUUAAUUUAUAUAGACCAGAUAUUGUGAUAAUAGAUCUAUCGCCUCUUCGAAUUAUUACAUUAUUAUAAUAUUUGGGUGAUAUUUUUGAUGGUUUAAGAGUUAUGUUAACAGCAUUAAGAUAAUCAAUUCGAUAUAUAUUGGAGGCUUUGGCAAUAGUAGGAUUGUUUUCAUUAUUUUUUGCUUUGACUGGAGUAUUCUUAUUUUAGGGAUUGUUUAAUUAUAGAUGUGUUCCUAUAAAUGAAGAUAUUGGAGAUGUUUGGAUUCAAUGUAAUGUAGAUGAUUGUCCUAAUGGAAUGGAAUGUAAAUUUGUUGAUUAGACAAUAAAGUUGCCAACAUCUUUUAACAAUAUAAUUUAUUCAUAUGGUUAAAUUUUGAGAACAAUUACAAUGGAUGAUUGGAGUUGGGUGAUGUUUUUUACAAUAAGAAUAUUCAAUCCUUGGAUAUGGAUAUAUUAUUUGUUGAUAAUUUUUAUAUGUGGGUUUUUUAGUUUUAAUUUGGUUAUAGCUGUAUUAAAAACUCAUUAUGCAGAAGCAACAGAAUAAUUUUUUUAAUAAUAAGAACAUUAAGAAAUAAAUAAAACAUUAUUAGAAGAGAAUUCAGAUUAAAAUAGAGAUGUAACUGAUAUUUUUGAUGUAGCAAUGCUGCGAUAAAUUGGAUUUCAUAAGACAUUUUAAUAAUAUUAUAAAUUACUUAAUCAAUCAAAGAAAAUAAUAUAAUAUAGAUUAGAAGAUUUUCAAAUUAAAAAUUUUACUUAACCGAGAUUGCUAUCAGCCAAAUAGAGACUUAACAAUAAUACAACUGUAAAAUAUUAUGAUUGAUUUCAUAGAAUAAUUGUUUUGAUUAAUUAUUUGAAUAUUUAAGAGAAUUGACAUUUAAAAAUAUUUUGUUAUCCAAAUUCAAAUGUCUCAGUAAGCAACAAAAAUAAAUUAAUCUUAAGAAUUAUACUGAUGACGAAGAUUAACUUAAAAUUUUGGAAGAUCUAACCAAAUUUGAAUUCGCCUAAUUAUCAAAAUAAGUCAAUCCAAAAUAAUAUCAAAAAUAUACAAGUUUAGAAGAUGUGUUACCAUCCUUUGCGUAUUAAUAUACUUUCUAUAUCAAAAUAGAAACAUUAGAAUUUCCAAGUAAAAUAUUGAUGAGAAGCUUAUCGAUUAUACCAAAUAUUAUUGUUCCUUCGAAUACUUGGUUCCACAUAACUAAUAAAUAUUCAGAUCCAAAAACAUUAAGCAUAGUUUUAAAUGUCCAAUCAAAAAAAGUUACAGAGCAAAAAAGAAAUAAAUAUUUAAAGAUGUAGAAUCUUAACGCUCACAUGUUGCUCAUACAAUUUACAUCCGAAAUGAAAAGAAGAAUUUAAAAGGAUUUAAUAAAUUGAUGAUAAAAUCUAAACAUUCAAUUCCAUUUGCUAUUAAAAAAUCAAAUGUUACUUAUCUAUUUAUUUAAGGGUAUUAUUUGAAUUAUGAUAAAAUUGCAUUUAAAAUAAAAUAAAAAAUUGAAAAAGAUAAAAUAAACAAUCUAAACUUUGAUCUUGAAUAUAAAAAUAUAAGAAUAAAGGAAAUUAAAAAAAAAAGAAUCAUUGAUUAAAAUUGGUCAGGUAAUGAAGUACUUGAAACUAAAUAUUCCUCCUUUAACUUUAAAAAUGUACUUGUGACAUUAAAUAAAACUGAUUUCAUUGUUUGGAUAAAAGGAUUAUCUGGAAUAUUACAAAUCUUUAGGAAAUAUGUAAAUAUAGUAGUUUCUAGUAAAUUUACUGAAAUUACAUUGGAUCUACUAAUAUUCAUUAACUUCACAUUUUUAGCAUUAUAUGGAAUAGCUGAUGCUUAAAUCAUCUCGAAAGUAGAAGAUAUAACUACUAUAUUGUUAUCUAUAGAGACAUUUCUUCGAUAUUGUAGUAUUUCUUUUAAAGAAUUAUCUAAUAAUAAUGAGAGUAUUCUUUAGACAUUAAUUGUUAUCUUAAACUUUAUUGAAUUUACUAUGAGUGAUUACAUGACUAAAUUAACUGAAUAAAAUUUGAGAUUGAUUAGAGGAACUAAAUGUUUAUUAUUCUAUAGAUGUUUAAAAUAUAAUAGUAUGGCAGUGACUAUUGGUCAUAUAGCAUCAAAAACAUUUAAAUCUUAUAUCUAUUUGACAUUUUUGAUGUUUAUUGUUAUAUUUUUAUAUGCUUUAGUUGGUAUGGAAGUAUAUGCAGGAGAAUUUGAUUAAAAUGAUGUAUUAGGAUAAUUACAUUCUUAUGACAAUGUUCUAAAAUCUUUUAUGACUGUCUUUAAUAUUAUGACAAAUGAUGAUUGGUAUGGAGUAUUUGUUUUGGGUACUGGAAUAAAUGAAACAUUUGGAACAUUAUAUUCAUACUCAAUGGUAAUUGUACUUAAUUAUUUAACAUAUGGAUUAGUACUUGCUAUUUUAUUGGAUGGAUUUAGUAAAUAUUUAGAUAGAUAGAUAUUUUCAGAAAUAGAAAAUACAGAACAAUCUAAAAUGCAUUCUUCUAAUAAUGAUAUAUAAUAAGAUACAUAAAAUACAUAAUUAUAAUUUAUGGAAAUUAAUUAAAUUACUCAACCAGAUUAAAUAAAAAAUCGUAAAAGUAAAAAAAAGACUGCUUUAAUUCAACAUCUAAUUAAUUCAAUAAGAUAAAUUAAUUAAAAAAUAUUAGAUGCUUCACCUGAACUUUAUGAUAAAAUAUAAUGUGAAUAAUCAUUAUUUCUAUUUAGUAAAACUAAUCAUUUUAGAAUGAUAUGUAUGAUGAUUGCAAGAUCUAAAAUUUACAAAUUAAUUAAUGAUACAUCUUUAUCAUUAUCAAUAAUUAUUUUAAUUAUACAAACUUAUAAUGAUUAUGAAGAAAACAAAGAAAUGUAUCCUCAAGAAUUCUUAUUUUAUUUAAAUAUUAUUUUGGGAAUUGAAUAUAUAAUUAAUGUAAUAGCUAAAGGAUUAUUUUUAGAUAUAGGUUCACAUUUUAAUUCAAUUUGGUAGAUUGUAGAUGUAUUUUAUAUAGUAUCCUUCUUUUUCUAAUAUGAUAAAGAUUAUUAUGUAAAACCUAUUUUUUAGAUUUUACUUUACUUUGGUUAUUUUAGACCAUUCAAUCUUUUGAAUAGAAUUAAAUUUUUGAAUGUUUUAAGUUCAGCACUUUAUCAAUCAUUGGUUGAUAUAUUAAAUGUAUUAUUAACACUUUUUUCUGUAUGGAUAAUAUUUGGUGUAUAUGGAAUCAUAUUAUAUGAAGGAUAAUUUGGAUUUUGUGAAGAUAAAAUGUAAUUUAGAGUAAAUUAUGAAGAAUGUAUUUCAUAAAAUAGAACAUGGGUUAAUUUUAAACAUAACUUUGAUAAUAUCACAAUGGCUAUUCCAACAUUAUUUACUGUAUCAACUUUUGAUGGUUGGGGUGAGAUGCUCUAAAUUGCACAAAAUAGUGACAAUAAAAAUGUUGGGCCAGUACCUUUUAAUAGUUACAUACACACUUAUGUCUUUUUUAUUACAUUUUGUUUUAUUGGAUCUAUGUUUUUUUUGAGUCUUUUCACAGGUGUAUUAUUCUCUAAUUUGAAAGCAAAUCAAAGAAAAAUUGAAUAAGGAGAAUACAAUUAAAAUUAAAAGGAAUUUAUUGAAAUAUCUGAAAUCAUCACCAAAGAUAUUCCUGUAUUUUCUACACCUCCAGAUAAUGUCAUUAGAAGAUUAGCAUCAAUCAUAAUGAAUAAUUCCAUAAUGCAAUCUUUCUUUUUGCUAAUACUUUUAUUGGAUGUAGUUAAUAAUAUCAUUUUUCAUUUUGGUAUGAAUAUUGAAUAUCUUGAAAUUAUUAAUUACAUUCAUCAUGCAUUUUCAAUUUUCUUUACAAUCUGGAGUAUGUUGCAAUAUUUGGCUUUAGGAUUGUUUAGAUUCUUUGAUAAUUAUUGGAGACAAUUUCUAUUCAUCUUAAAUCUCUUUGCAAUCACAGAUCUUGUUAUUGAUCUAAAAUAUAAUUGGGUUGAAAUCUAUUAUUAUUCUAGUCCUUUGACCUAAUAUUAUAGAAUCUAUAGAUUGUGUUUUGCAUUGAGAAGUUUAAGAUUGAUCCUCAUUUUUUAAGGUUUAAUCAAUAUUUAGAGACUCAUGAGAGUUAUGGUUUAUGCACUCCCAUUUUUAGGUAAAAUAUUCUUUAUUUUAAUUGAUACAAUGUUAGUCUUUGCUUUAUUUGGAUGUUAAUUAUAUGGAUAAAUAGAUUAAGGAUAGGUUAUGGAUGAUCAAAUUAAUUUUCAUAAUAUUGCUUAAGCUAUGCUUACAUUAUUUAAAUGUGCAUCUGGUGAUGAUUGGAGAACUAUCAUGACUGAUACUAUGCAUCAUAAUCCAAAUUGUUCAACAGAUUCAUCUUAUUGUGGUUCUACUUAUAGUUAAAUAUACUUUUUUCUAUUUAUGUUAUUAUCCAAUUAUGUUUUUUUAAACUUAUUUGUUUUAGGAUUGAUUGAAUAAUUUGAGUCAUUUUUUUAAGUUUAAAAUUCAAUUAUACAAACUUAUGUAGAAAAUGAAGAUAGAAUUAAAACUAUUUGGUGCAAGUAUUAUUAUAUAAAUAUAUUAAAAUAGAUAUUCUCCAGAAACAUAAGGUAAAGCUAUGCAUUACAAAUUUCUUUGUAGAUUUCUAUUAGAUCUUGGAUCUCCUUUGGGUAGAGGAAAAGAAGAAAAUCUUUGGGAUGCUGCUAAAUAAGCAUCUGCAUUUAAAUUGAAAUGGUAUCAUUAAUCUUUAUUUAUUUAAGUGAUCAUCAUGGAUAUAUUCAAUAUAAUUAAUUAAUUUAUGAAUUAUUUAGAACAUGCUUUUAUAAUGAUAUUUUUAAAACUGGGAGUAAAAAUGCUAUAAAAUAGAUUAAAUAAUAUAAUAAAGAAAUGCAAAUGAAAUUAAUGAAUUAUCGAAGAAAUCUAUUCAUUAAACGAGCAAAUAUUUGUUUAGUUGAUCUUAGAACUAAUUUUAAUAUACUACAUGAUUAUUUGAAUGUUCUCAUUGCUUUCAAAGCAUGGGAAUCUCAUUCUAAAUGUCUUAUUAAGAAGGUUAAUAGAAGAAGUAAAGAAUAUACUGAAAAUACUGAAUCAGAUGAAUAAAACGCAAAUGAGUAUUAUUAUGAUUAUAAUUAUAAAGGCUUUAAUUGAGUGGACAUUCUUUCUUAAAUGAAAUAAGUAUUUUUAGAGGAUCUGGUUAGAUAAAUGAUACAGAUACAUUACAACCAGUAAUCACAGAUGAAAAUCAAUAAAAACAUCUUUUAACAUUUUAAAGUUAGGAGAUACUCUUAAAUUCAGAACUACCAUAAUAUGAUCAGUAAUUAUAAAAUCAUUCGAGGGAUAGUUUGUUUAUCUAUCAUCCAUAAAAGUGA